AUGAGGAGCUGGUGCAAAGCAGCUGGUGAUGGUUCUGAGCCUACCUGUAGUAGCCUUGCGGUAUUGCACCCUCGUGGAGAAGCUCAUGGAUUUAAGCAGCUUCCUACUUGGCAUGUCUUUUGUAAAGACAGUCUUUCAUCAGCAGUGCAAUAUGCUUCAGGUGAUGCUUAUGCCCUGGCAAAUGAGGAAAAUGUCCAGGAAAAGGGGGAAGAGGCUGGUCCCAGGCUGGAGUCUGAGCAUGCGGACUCAAGUACACAGAGUUACUCUACAGCAGAGCUACCUGAUGGCUUUACAAAAUCUGACCAGACGACAGAAGUGAGUGAAGCAAGCCAGCCUGAAGUUGAGACUCCACCUUCAGUAGAUUUAAGUGAAGCUUCAUCUGACAUAGUUGCAAGCACUGAAAACAUUUCCAGUUCACCUACCUCAGAGAUACCUCCAGUCUCGCAGCCUGACCUUGCAGGUCAACAUAUAGAGAACAUAUCAUCUUCGCAUGGCAAGGGAAAGAAGACAAAAUCUGAGUUUGAGUCGAAAGUUUCAGCAGCUGAAAAGGAGGCAGAUGAGCAGAAGUCUGCUCUGAAUGCCUCAGAGAACUUAAAAAGGGAGAAAGAGUAUAAGAAAACAGGAGAAAUUGACCCUACAUCGGUGAUAACUCCAAAGGAUCCUGGAGACAUUCCAACAUUUGAUGAAUGGAAGAAGAAAGUAAUGGAAGUGGAGAAAGAAAAGAGUCAGUCAAUGCACCCUUCUGCUGCUGGUGUACAGCAUUCCACAAAAAAGGUCCAGAAAAAUAGAAAUAACUAUGCCUCUGUAGAGUGUGGUGCCAAAAUUUUGGCAGCGAAUCCAGAGGCAAAGAGCACUUCAGCUAUUUUGAUGGAAAACAUGGACCUUUACAUGCUAAACCCUUGCAGUACUAAAAUCUGGUUUGUUAUCGAGCUCUGUGAACCAGUCCAAGUAAAGCAGCUUGACAUUGCAAAUCAUGAGUUAUUCUCUUCCACUCCUAAAGACUUUCUGGUGUCUAUUAGUGACAGGUAUCCAACAAACAAAUGGAUUAAAUUAGGUACUUUCCAUGCCAGAGAUGAGAGAAAUAUCCAAAGUUUUCCGCUGGAUGAACAGAUGUAUGCAAAAUAUGUUAAGAUGUUCAUCAAGUACAUAAAGGUGGAGUUGAUAUCACACUUCGGAUCAGAACAUUUUUGUCCUUUAAGUCUCAUAAGGGUAUUUGGUACUAGCAUGGUUGAAGAGUAUGAAGAAAUAGCUGAUUCUCAGUAUCAUUCUGAACGACAAGAGCUCUUUGAUGAAGAUUAUGAUUAUCUGUUGGAUUACAAUACAGGGGAAGAAAAAUCUCAAAAAAAUCUCCUUGGUUCUGCUACAAAUGCUAUCCUAAGUAUGGUGAACAUUGCUGCUAACAUGCUCGGAGCAAAAACCGAGGAGUUAUCUGAAGCCGAAGGGAACAAAAGUGUGUCUGAAAAUGUCACUGCCACCCCUGCAACUUCAACAGCUGCACCAAGACUGCCUGAACCAACACCUGUUCCUUCACCAGAACUUGUUACUACAGAUAUUCCUCAGAUCGAUAAAGAGCAAUUAAUGGUGGAUUUGACAAAAGAAAGUCCUAUUGUUCAGCUAGUACAAGAGUAUGAGGAAGAUACAAGCCGGUCGACAGUAACCUUGCUGCCCAGCGAUGAUCAGGAAGAAGAAGCAUCGGCAUGGUUUGAACUUGAGACAGAAAAGUACUGCUAUGACAUGGCAACAGUAUGUUGUAUUUCCACCUUCUCAGAAUACCUGUUUAAAUGGUGUUCAGUUGCAGUAGCCAUGCAUCGGCAGCAUAGUAAAACUGGAGGUAAACAAGGACAAGGUGACUCUGCUGACCUUCAGCAGCCACAGGCGGUUCUGACCGCAUCUAUACAUACAUCAAUAGAUGAGCCUCUGCCUGAGCAGGUAGACAGCAAAGUUGAGGCACCACUUGGAUCUGUUGUUGCAGUUGACUUCAGCAGUGUUGUCCAUGAGGAGACCAGUAAUGAGACCACAGGUUCAAUUGAACUGGAGCCAAGCCAUCCUCAAACUGUCUCUCAGUCCCUCCUCUUAGAAGUUACUUCUGAAGUUAAGCCAUUGCCAACAAUAGAUGUGGCGUUGGAGCCUGCCAAAGAAGAUGCAGGCCAGGUAGCACCAAGGGUGACUCCCCAGGUGGAUAUAGCUGACAGCAGUGCAGAAACAGAAAAGGCUGAGAGCUCUGUUGCCGAAGAAAACCCUGUAGCUUCUGAGACCAGUGUGGCUGCUGAGGUAAAGGAGGUGAGCACGAGAGAGAUUAUUGCUACUCCAGUGAUUUCAAAGCCUAUAGAGACUGUUCUGCAGCCUGAAUAUACAGUGGGCAUGUUAGCCAGUGAUGCUGGGGAAGGAAAGGAAAGCACUCCAGAAGUGCACAAACCUGUUUUGCCUCCUGUUGAGUCUUCUGUACCUGCUGAAACAAAGGAGGAUGAUCAGGCAACUGAAGAAGCUUUAAUGGCAAUUCCAGUCUCUGGGGGACCACAGAGAACAGCUACAGACUUCUAUGCUGAAUUGCAGAAUUCAACAGAUCUGGGCUAUGCUAACGGGAAUCUUGUCCAUGGAUCUAAUCAAAAGGAGUCCGUCUUCAUGCGCCUUAAUAACCGCAUAAAAGCCCUAGAAGUAAACAUGUCUCUCAGCAGCCGUUACUUAGAAGAACUUAGUCAGAGGUACCGAAAGCAAAUGGAAGAAAUGCAGAAGGCUUUCAAUAAAACAAUAAUAAAACUUCAGAACACCUCAAGAAUAGCAGAAGAGCAGGAUCAGCGGCAAACAGAAGCAAUCCAGCUGUUACAAGCACAGCUCACCAACAUGACGCAGCUAGCUUCCAAUCUGUCAACAACUGUGGCGGAAUUAAAACGUGAGGUUUCUGAUCGGCAGACCUACCUUGUGAUUUCUCUGGUUCUCUGCGUCAUUCUGGGCUUGGCGCUUUGUGUGCAGCGGUGCAGAAGCACUUCCCAGUUCUGUGAAGAUUACCUUUCAAAAAUCCCCAAAAGUAAUCACUACCCUAGCCCCAAAAGGUGUUUUUCCUCCUACGAUGAUAUGAACUUGAAAAGAAGAACUUCUCUUCCACUGGUCAGAUCACAGUCUUUUCAGCUAGCUGGUAAAGAAG